UUUUGGGUUCUCAUAAUGAGCUUGUGGUUAACAUCCUACAGUUUACAAUUCAGGUUCUAUAAUCUGAUUCAUUUAUCAUGGAAAUCGAAUUAGUCCCCAGUUUGAUCUUUGUUUGAUAGGCAUCCCACAAGAUUUGUACAAUUUACUUCACUAAAAGAAGGGAUGGCAUGGGGAUCUCAUGAGAUGGCAGUGGACUGUCGAGCUUCUAGGCCUGUCUUGUUGUUGACUGGGAUCUGGCCUGGGUCUGCAACAGAUUCACAUAUUAUUGUCUAUUUUCUCUUUGAUAGAUGCAAAUGGUUACACUCACACUAUCAGUUUAAAUUUUGUUAUAGUGUCAUAGUUCAUUUUUUAGACUGUUGGACAUUCAUUUUCUGUCAUAUCCUUUAUUUAUGGAAGAGAUCUUAAUGUCAACAGGGAUCUUACAAGUCAAGGCUUGAAAGGUUAUAUAACGAUCAGAUUUUUUCUUCUAAAGUUUGUAGCUGAAAGAUCCAUUCUCAGUUGCAUUUUGUCAAUUGUUUUGCAGUGAAGGUUUGAUCAUUGCAUCAUAUCAUAUUGUCAUGAGUUUCUAAACACUUGGAUCUGUUCUUCUCUUUAGAUGGUCUUCCAUGAAUACAUGACAAAUGAGUGUUCUUAUGUAUAUCAUAUAGUUACCAGCAUCAACCUGUACCCUCGGACCUUUUUUUGAUAUCUUAUCUGAAAUGAUUUCAGGAAAUAGGAUGGGUGCCUCGGCAUCUUAUUGCUCAGGAUAAAUAUAUACGAAAAUAUUGUAGGUGUUGUUCCACUUUAUUUUAAAAGGUUUAGCAUCUGCAAUGUUGUCCAUGUUCUGUUCUCGUUACUUUUUCUUGUUUAAAUGGUUAUCUUUAACUUUUACAAUCAGCUUUUAAUUGCUUCUGUUUGAUAGUAGCUGAACUAUUUUAGUUACUUUGAAUUGCAGUCACUCGUAUGGAGAAUUUAUCUUUGACUAUUCUUGGGCUGAUGCCUACUACAGCUAUGGCGCUCAAUAUCAUCCAAAGUUACAAUGUUGUGUUCUUUUACUCCAGUAACAGGUCCCAGGAUAUUAGUCCGGAACACUUGGUAUCAAGAUCAAGUCUUUGACAAGAUAGUAUCAACAAUGAAGGAUCUUACAACUAAGGCAUUGUGCUGACUGAAUCAAGCUUCUUUCAGAUUGAUUAUUGUUUCUCACAUAUUUUUUCUGGUCCAUCUGGUCUUUCUGCACAUGGAUUUAGGAAUGGUAAAAAGCCUCUUGAAAUAAAUGGGUUGAUGUCUGAGGACUUUCAUCUGGUCUUCCAGUUAAUCUUUUGCAUGCAGAGUAGCUACUGGAUAGCUUUUAUCAGAUUAUUUCCAACAUUUGUUCUACACUAGCAUGUAUGAUUGCUGCAGGUAUUUUGAAGAUAGUGUUUUGAUUGAUUCAGUUCUGUUUUUCAGUGCGGCUUGUUUUGUGUUUGCCAUACAAUCCAUUCAUAAGUUCACCCAUAUCUAGAAAAUCAGACCAUUCCAAAACACAGGCGGUUCACACGACACCCAAUAAUUGGGAUAGGAAGCCCGCCAUGUUUUGUGUUUGCCAUACAAUCCAUUCAUAAGACGUGCCCCACAAGGAUGGAUUGACACCCAAAAGAUCAGACCAUUGCAAAACUCCAAUGAGCCACACCACGUGAUUUUAGCGGAUUUGGGCAUGAUUUUAUAUGGUGUGACCCACCUGAGUAUUGGGUCAGCCUGAUUUUUUUCCUCCAAAAGGAAAAUGAGGGGGGCACACAUGAUGGACAGUGAAACCUUGCACAGAUCAUGAUGGGCUCCACACAUAUUGUAGAAUAAGCUUAUUCUACAAAUGUCAUUGAGGAAUCUGCCUAGUUGUAGAAUAAGCUCAUGCUGCUAAUGUUGCAGAGAAACCUGCCUAGUUGUAGAAUUAGCUUAUUCUGCUAAUGUUGCAGAGAAACCAUAAGAAAAUAUAUGGUUUUAGUAUUUCUUCCGUUAAUAUAUAUCUUAUUGCAAUGUUGCAACCUGGGUGAUUGACUAAAUGGCCAUAUUUAGGGAUGCAUCUCCUUCAUGAGAACUAGUUUAUCUGAGAAAAUGGUCCUUGAUGGAGUGCAAUGGCAGAACAGGAUUCGUGUAGCUGAUUCCAGUUAGUUGGUCUUUAGAUGAUGCUGAUUUUCUUGGCUAUGGUGAGUUUACUGGAAAAGAAGAUUGAAGAAAUGCAAUUGGAAGAGAUGCAGCUUCAAUUCAAAGAAACUGAAAAGAUGCUAGUGAAGGAACAAGAGGCUGUGAAAGAAGCAACAAACCAAAUUCCUGUCAUACAGGAGGUUCCAGUCAUUGAUAGUGUACUGUUGGAUAAACUGACUUUUGAAAAUGAACAACUGAAGGCCUUGGUGAGCUCACUGGAAAAGAAGAUAGAUGAAACUGAAAGAAAGUAUGAAGAAAUACACAGGCUUGGUGAAGAAAUGCUUAAGCAGGCCAUGUUUGUAGAGUCAAAGACAAUUCAAUUGAAGAUUGACAUGCAGAUGUUCUUACUAGAAGAAAAGCUCUUGGACAUGGAGACCGUGGAUAUUCUAAGGCAGCAGGCCUUGUUAAAAACACCUUUGUUAUAUCAGUGACGAAAGAAGGCGUAAGUUCUCAACUAGAGGUGAUAUUGGCAGUGCAAAUAUAGUAUGCAGGCAGAACAACACCGUAGACAAGGUAUCGUGGUACUUGACGGUUUCAUUGGGUUGUACAGGAGUUUUGUACCUAAUGCAUUGAAGAAUCUCCCAAACAGCAGGUUCGUUUCCAUUUGAUUCCAUGCUAUAUUUUUCUAGAAAAUGAAGUUUACUUUAGCUGUAAAAUAAUC